GAAAUUUAAUACCUUCAAAACAAAAAAUAUUGUUGAUAUCUUUUUCUUGAUCGCACCAUGUUAGCAUUAACAUUUUGGAGGACAAUUUGAUGACAAGUGCAAAUUUUAAUCAUUUUCCAUAAAAAAAUGCAAUAAUCAUUAUCGGAUUGGAUAAUAAUCAUCUUCAUCAUUCUCAUUUUAUUGUAGUAGAAUUGUUCUAUUUAGCCCGAUUUAAUUGUUAUGUUUUAAUUUAUCGCAAUCUGUUUUUAAUUGUUAUUAUUUUCUUCAAUUUCCUUGUUUUUUUUUUUGUUGUUGAUAAAAUACUCAUCCAAUACACGUCAAAUUUUUUCUGCUAUUCUUCACAAACAUCUAUCAUCGAUGGUAACAAUUUCGAUUUCGAUUCGUAACAAAUCCAAUCUCAUUCAAAGUUAAAACAACAACAACAACGAAAAAUUUCCCCAUUUGUUUAAAAAUGUGUCCAUUCAUAUUAUUCACAUUUUUAUUCACCAUUAUUUUGUUGAUGAUUGAAAUUUCUGCAGCAUUAAUAUCGGUAACAUUUAAUGUAACCACCACAUCUGCAGCAACUUUAGCUACAAUUCAAUUACAUGAAGGAAAAACUACACCGAUUGGAUUUCGAUUAUCAUCACCUUUUAUCGAUGAACUUAGUGGUCAUUAUAGAUUUUUGGCCGAUCGACCUGAUGUAGCCAAUAUUAUUAAUAAUAAUGAUGAUGAUGGUGGUGGUGGCGAUGUUGUUGAUAAUGAUCGUUACGAUUUUGAAAUCAAACCGACCGAAAUCACACUAAAUGAUAUUGAUAAAAAUUUUGGUUAUCAUGGACAAUUCAUUAUCAAAGGAAAUUUUCUUGGUUAUUGUCGUGUUGAAUUACAGAAAAAACGAAAAAAUUCCGAAUCUAUUUGGGAUACGAUAAUUCAUUCAAAUUCUCUGCGAAAUAAUUAUCAACUACUUAUUUCAAUUUUACGAGAUAAAGAUCUCAUAUCAAAAGUUUUCAUCUAUUCAGUGGCCAUAGUUGUAUCGAUAUCUUAUAUUAAUAUGGGAUGUGCAUUAGAUAUACAAGCCGUUUCCGAAGUUUUACGAAGACCGAUUGCACCUGCUAUUGGAUUAUUUUCACAAUAUGUUUGCAUGCCAUUGAUAUCAUUUGCAUUAGCGACAUUACUUUUUGAAGAAACCUAUUUAAAAUUGGGCAUUUUUAUAUUCGGAUGUAGUCCUGGUGGUGGUGCAAGCAAUAUGUGGACCGUAUUGGUAAAUGGUAAUCUUAACCUAAGUAUUACAAUGACAUUUUUAUCGACAAUGUUAUCGAUUGGAUUGAUGCCAUUUUGGCUCUAUACUCUUGGUCGUACAAUAUUCGAAGGAACAUCAACAGCUCCACCAUUUCGAAAUAUAUUCACAACAUUAUUUACAAUGGUCAUCUUUUUGGGCAUCGGUCUUCUUAUAAAACAAUUUAUGCCUAAAGUUGCUGCUAUAUCUCGUCGAAUAUUGGCACCAUUUUCCGGCCUAAUGAUCAUAUUUAUUAUCGUAUUCGGAACUUAUGCAAAUUUCUACAUGUUUAAAUUGAUGACCUGGCAAAUGUUGGUCGCCGCUGCAAUUAAUGUCUGGUGUGGAAUGUUUCUCGGUUUUAUAUUAGCAUACGUGUUUCGUAAACCAUUGGAAGAUAUGUUAACCAUUGCUAUUGAAACUGGUGUACAAAAUACUGGAGUAUCGAUUGUUGUUUUGGGUUUGUCCUUAGGACAACCGGAUGCAGAUUUGGCAUCUGCAGUACCUGUAGCUGCCUCCAUAAUGACACCAAUACCAUUAACAAUCGCAUGGUUAGUGAUGCGACAACGACGAUUUAUGAGAAAAAUUGCAUCCGGUAAUGAUAUUUAUGUUAAUGGUGGUGUUGAAAAUCACAAUCAUGUUGAUUUUUGUGAUGAAAAAAAUUCUGGACCAAAUUCAUUUGUAUCAUCAAAUAGUAAUCAUUCAGGACAAUUUCAAAAUUAUAAACUAAAUUUAGAUGAUGAAAUUUUUGAAAAGAAUACAACAUGUAGCGCCUUGACACAAUCCAAUUCUAGCGGUGAUUCAAACCAAAAUCAAUGGAAUGUGAUAAUUUGUGUAAUAGGAGAGAAGAAAAAAAGAAGAAGACAAAACAAAUUAGAACGUCGACGACAAAAAGAAAUGAUUAAAGCUCUUGAAACACCGGAACAAAAACGUCAACGACGUUUGGCCAAAAAAAAUGAAAAAGAACGUCGCCGUAAACGUUUAAUGGGAUGGGAUGAAGAAUAUAUGGGCUAUACAAAUGAUGAUAAUCCUUUUGGUGAUUCAAAUCUUCAUGAAACAUUUGUUUGGAAAAAGAAAUAUGAAAAAAUGGGUAUGAAACGUAUCGAUGAACAAGAGAUUGAUGCUGUAAACAAAGAAAAAAUGAUAAAAAAUCGUCAAGAAUUGGAAAAAGUAAAAAAACGUCGUCUAGAACGUGAACGUGAACGAGAAUUACGAAUGGAAGAAUUAUCUAAACAACAACGAGAUAAAGAAGCCGAACAAUUCAAAGAAUGGUCAAAACAAGAAGAUUAUUUUCAUCUUAAACAGGCUCGUUUACGGUCAAAACUUCGUAUCAAAGAAGGUCGAGCUAAACCGAUUGAUAUUCUUGCUCAAUAUAUCAAUGCAUUUGGUGAAAAUCAAACUAUAAAAUAUUUAUCCACAUAUCUUUCUGAACCAUAUAAUACCUUGAAUGGAUUACGAAUUCGUGAUAUGGAAGAUCUAGUUGAAGAUAUUAAAAUCUAUCUAGAAUUAGAUAGCGGUUCUAAAGUGAAUGCUGAAUAUUGGAAAGAUUUGCAAAUUAUUGUUGAUGAUGAAUUGACAAAAUUAAAAUUAGCCAAUAUGGAUCAACAGGAACGACGACGUGAAGGUAUUAAUCCUUCGGUAUCGGCCGAUAUUGCUCGUAUAUUGAAAGGUAAAUCACCGCAACAAUUGAAAACAUUGCAAACACAAAUUGAGAAAAAAAUUGCAUCUCGUGAAGAAGGCAUUGAUAUUGGAUAUUGGGAAACAUUGUUAUCACGGCUAAAAGCACAGAUUUCACGUGCUCGUCUUCGUGAAUUUCAUGAAGAAAAUCUUAAAAAACGAAAAACACUUAUUACUCAACAUCAAAAAGAUAUUAAAGAUUUACAACCACUUUCAUUGGAUUCGAUUGAUACGAUAGAAGAUCAAGAAGAUUUAAUAAUACCAUCAACAUCAUCAACAGCCAUGAAUCGUGGUGAAAAAGAUGAAAUGGAAUUCUUAUCAAAAACUGAACUUCGUCAAAAAUGUAUUCAAGAAUAUGAAUCCGGUGGCUAUAGUCCUCGAAAAUUGCCUAUGAUUGAUGUCAAUUCAGAUGUUGUAUUGAUGUCUGCUGAAGAUUUUGAACAUGAUCUUCAAGAACAACGUACAGAAACAUUAAGAAAAUUAUCCGCAUUUCCUAUUCCAUUAGUAUCAUUCGAACAAAAAGAUGGUAAACAAAAAUUGAAUAUUCCACCAUCAAAUUAUGAUCAUAAUAAUCGAAAAUUAACACAAGCCGAAGAAUCAUUUGUUCGUGAAGCUCGUAAAGGUAUGGGUGAUGAUGAGGCAAUAUUUUCUGUUGAAGAAGAACUUAUCGAUGAUAAAGAAUUAUCAUCAAAAACAAUCUCAUCUUUGCCGAAUACUAUUUUGGCAACAAAUCAGAUAUUAAUGAAAGACAAAUAUAGCUGGGCAGAAAAAUAUCGUCCACGUAAACCACGUUAUUUUAAUCGUGUACAUACUGGAUUCGAAUGGAAUAAAUAUAAUCAAACACAUUAUGAUGUAGAUAAUCCACCACCAAAAGUUGUACAAGGUUAUAAAUUCAAUAUCUUUUAUCCGGAUCUGAUUGAUAAAUCAACAACACCAUCAUAUAAGAUUACUACCUGUAAGGAUAAUCCAGAAUUUGCCUAUAUUCGUUUUACAGCUGGACCACCAUAUGAAGAUAUUUGUUUUAAAAUUGUUAAUCGUGAAUGGAAUUAUUCAUAUAAAAGUGGUUUUCGUUGUCAAUUUCAGAAUAAUAUUUUACAAUUAUGGUUUCAUUUCAAACGAUAUCGUUAUCGUCGAUGAAAUUUUUUUUUUUAAUUUUGUAUAUUU